AUGUCCGAAAAUCCAGAGGAAGAAAAGGUACUUGUCAAUGACGUUCAGAGCCAAAAGUCUUCGAAGCGGAGCUUCUUCGGUCUUCGCAAAGAGAAUACUCAGCAGCCACCACAGAGCACCAGAAAGGUCGAGGUGAGGGGUACAGGCAUGGAGCCUGCGCUCUUGAAACAGAUCGGAAGCUUGGAUUUCCGAUCUCAGAUGGAAAGGUUCUAUACCGCGUACUCCAAGUAUGUUGUGGUCAGCUACGAUAACUUCCUCAUCCAGCACUAUUCUCAAGGGAUAGUUGACACUCUCGGCAUCGAAGCUCGGACCGACCAUGACUUCGUCGGGAGUAAUAUUUUCAAAUUCCUAGGGAAUCACACUACCACGUUACCACGCGAAUUCAAAUCAAAGGUGCAAUACGCAAUUAAACAUGGGCAAGCGAUAUCGGCCAGCAUCAGUCUUUUCACCUUGAGUUCUCUGGCUCGACGAGCAGACGACAAGUUCUUCACACAUUGGACACCGACCAAAGAUGAAAAGGGCAAUGUCAAAUAUGUCAUUGUUACGCUGAGCUCGGUAAUGUAUGACUGA